AUGGGUAAUGCCUGCCGUUGUUAAUAAUUUACAAAUGAUAAUUUAGAACUGAAUUCAGGAAAAGUGGAAGGUACAAACAAGAAAGGAGACUCAAUCACCAUUCCUCAAUAGAAUGGUACAACCAUUUCAAAAAAGACAACUCAAAAAUAGAAUGAAGAUGAAGGUGAGGAAGAUGAUUAACCAUAAAAUCUAUAAUAAAUAGAACUGAAAAGAGGAGACAGAAAGAAGCAAGCCAAGAUCAAUGCGGUGUCAGAUACUGUAGAAAUAUUUGAAAACAUUCUUAAAGUUGAGAAACGAAAAUCCCCUUUCGACUAUCAAUUAAUGCUAAAUGCCUUUAAUGAUCAUUUCAUAUUUAAGUCAGUGCCUCAAAGUGACAUAGAAUAUGUAGUGGAAUAGAUGUUCUAUUGUACUGUUCCAGAUGGUUAAUUUGUUUUCAAGUAAGGAGAUAAAGCUACUUCCUACUUCCUUAUUGAAAGGGGCCAGUGUUAAAUUAUCAUCAAUGGAGAAUUGAAGAAAACUUUAAAGGGCGGAGAAGCCUUCGGUGAGUUAGCCAUGCUAUAUAAUGCACCUCGAAGUGCAAGUGUUAAGGCAGUUGGAGACUGUGCUUUUUGGGCAAUAGAUAGAAACACCUUCAGAAAGGUAGUAGAGCAGUAAAAUCAGAGGAAUUAUGAUGAAAAUCGUGAAUUCAUGAAAAAAGUGGAGUUUUUUUCCUUUUUAACCGAAGAACAAAGAGAUGCUAUAUGCAAUGUUCUUAUUACCUUGUUAUUCAAAAAGGGAGAAAUAAUAGUAUCAGAGGGGGAUGUGGCCAAUUCAUUUUAUAUCAUAAAAAAAGGGAAGGUGUCAAUUAUAAAAGGAGACAAGGAAGUGACUUAGAUGAAUGCAGGAGAAUCAUUUGGAGAAGCUGCAUUAUACUAAAGUUGUUAGCGAGCUGCAACUGUCAAGGCAGUUGAUGAAGAAGUUAGAUGUCUGUCAUUAUCUAAAGAUGAUAUCUAAAAGAUAUUAGGGUAAAAGAUCUAAACAGUUAAAUAUAUAAACACUUAGAAGUGGGCAUUGUAAUAGAAUCCAAUUUUAGGGAAAUUAACAUCAAUUCAAAUCGAGAAGAUCAUCUAGACUGUCAGAUAAGUGCAUUAUGAGAAGAAUGAAAUAAUUGUAAAGGUUGGACAACCAUGUCUAAAGGUUUAUAUAGUUUUAGAGGGUGAAAUAGCGACAAUUCCAUCAAACAAAUAUGUAUUCGAUAAAGGCAAAGUUUUUGGUGAUCAAUACUUGAAGUCGUCUACUCUAGAUAAUAAAAUGGCAGAGUGUUUACAAGUCAUAACAGAGGAAGCCAUCAUUGCAGAGUUUGAAAUCAAGACCUUUAUGCAAAUUAUAGGAGGGAGUGUUGAACAAAUGAUUCAAAAAAAUGAGAAUUCUCAUGAACAAAAAUAUCUCAACCAUCCUAGUGCUCUAUAAAAAAAGGAUUAUUCCAACCUCACAUUGGAUAAGCUUAUUUGUAUCAAGAAGUUGGGACAAGGUUAAUUUGGUAAUGUAUAUUUGGUAAGGACCUCUUAAGAGGACAAAAUGUACGCAUUAAAGUGCAUAAGUAAAGCCCAAAUUGUGGAAUAACAUUUAGAGAGACAUCUAGCAUAAGAGAAAUAAGUGCUUCAGACAAUUAAUUUUCCCUUUUUAAUGCAAUUCUACAAAAGCAUGAAGGAUUAAAAUUACAUCUACUUUCUGAUUGAAUUCAUAAAGGGCAUGGAAUUAUUCGAUGUGAUUAGGGAGAUUGGACUAUUGACUGUGACGGACUCUUAAUUUUAUAUAGGAUCCUUAUUGAUUUGUGUAGAAUAUUUACAUAAAUUACAAAUCAUUUAUAGAGAUAUCAAACCUGAAAACAUUAUGGUCGAUGAGAAAGGUUACUUGAGGAUGAUUGAUAUGGGUACUGCCAAAUUCUUGAAUCAAAAGUCUAUCAGAACAUACACAAUUAUAGGAACUCCUCAUUAUAUGGCACCUGAAAUCAUUACAGGCAAAGGAUACACUUUUACUGUUGAUUUAUGGUCAAUCGGUGUUUGUUUAUACGAGUUUAUGUGUGGAGGUGUCCCCUAUGCUGAAGAUGCAGAUGAUCCAUAUGAAAUUUAUGAAGAAAUUUAAAAGAAAACUUUAAAUUUUCCACUUUUCAUGAAAGAUAAGAAAGCCAAAAAAUUAAUAGAAUAAUUAUUGUCUAAAACCCCAGAAGUUCGAUUAGGGGGAAGCUAUGCUGCAUUAAAGGCAAAUAAUUGGUUCGACAAAUUCGAUUGGGAUAAACUAAUGGACAAAGAGCUUAAACCGCCUUUCAUUCCAAAGAAAACUAGAAUGGUUUAAGAUAAGGAAAUUCAGAGUGCUCUUGCUACUGGAAAAUUAGCAUCCAAAGAAAUAAAUACAGUUGGGGUUGUCUACAAGAAGGAGAAAGCUAGAGAUUCUAAUUGGGACUCAAAUUAUUGA